UAUGCCUGAGGUUCGCAGUCUGUCCUCUCCAUGUGGUUCUGGCGGAGAACGUUGCUGACUGAGUGAACGGGGCUUCAUUUGCUCAGGAUGAAGGUGAAGGUGCUGAGUCGGAACCCGGAUGACUAUGUGCGCGAGACCAAGCUGGACCUUCAACGGGUUCCACGAAAUUAUGAUCCUGCAUUACAUCCAUUUGAACUGCCACGGGAAUACACACGGGCUCUAAAUGCAACAAAGUUAGACCGUGUAUUUGCAAAGCCUUUUGUAGCAUCCUUAGAUGGUCACAGGGAUGGCAUUAACUGCAUGGCUAAGCAUCCACACAGCUUGUCUACAGUUUUGUCUGGAGCAUGUGAUGGAGAGGUUAGAAUUUGGAACUUGAUGAAGCGUGAAUGCAUCCGUACUUUGCAAGCACAUGAGGGCUUUGUGAGAGGCAUGUGUGCCCGGUUUUGUGGUACCUCUUUUUUCACUGUUGGUGAUGAUAAAACGGUGAAGCAUUGGAAAAUGGAAGGGCCAGCUUAUGGGGAAGCAGAAGAACCAAUAAAUACAAUUCUUGGAAAGACCGUGUACACUGGAAUUGAUCACCAUUGGAAGGAACCUGUUUUUGCUACUUGUGGUCAUCAAGUUGAUAUCUGGGAUGAACAGAGAACCAGUCCUUUAUGCUCUUUGACGUGGGGAGUUGAUAGCAUAAGCAGUGUUAAAUUCAAUCCAAUCGAGAUGUAUCUUUUGGGAAGCUGUGCUUCAGACAGAAAUAUUGUACUUUAUGACAUGAGGCAAUCAACUGCACUGAAGAAGGUUAUCUUGGAUAUGCGAACAAAUACGCUUUGCUGGAAUCCCAUGGAAGCUUUCAUUUUCACUGCUGCAAAUGAGGAUUACAACUUGUAUACUUUUGAUAUGCGAUUUCUUGACAAGCCUUUAAUGGUUCAUAUGGAUCAUGUGUCUGCAGUCCUUGAUGUAGAUUACUCCCCUACUGGGAAAGAAUUUGUGUCUGCCAGCUUUGAUAAAUCUAUUCGCAUUUUUCCUGUAGACAAAGGUCAUAGCAGAGAAGUCUAUCAUACAAAGCGAAUGCAGCAUGUUAUCACUGUCAAAUGGUCAUCUGACAACAAGUAUAUCUUGUGUGGCUCUGAUGAAAUGAACAUUCGCUUAUGGAAAGCUAAUGCUUCUGAAAAGCUGGGUGUGCUUGCUCCUCGAGAGAAGGCAGCUAUGAACUACAAUCAAAAAUUGAAAGAAAAAUUCCAGCACCAUCCCCAGAUCAAACGCAUAAAUCGCCAUCGUCACUUACCAAAGGCUGUCUAUAGUCAAGCCAAGGAGCAGCGCAUCAUGAGAGAAGCUCGCCGGCGAAAGGAACUGAACCGCCAGAAACAUAGCAAGCCUGGAACUGUAUCGCUUGUGUCGGAGAAGAAGAAACACAUUGUGGCUGUAGUGAAGUAAUAGUUUUGUAGGGUUACCGAUGGCAGUGUUUGGAUUCUUAAGGACAUCUUCAUUUGUUAGAGCCUAUUAUUCUAAAACCUUUAUUUUUAAAAUAUUUCUUUGUCAGAGUGAAAAUUCAUUUUUGAAUAUUGUUUGAAAAGGCUAUUGUAAGAACUUGUGUUAAAUUUGCCAUUGCGAUAAUUAAGGCUAGUUUUGUGACCUCCAGUAGCAGUUUAUUCUGUUGCACUGCUGGGACACACAUUUUGUGUCACCUGAAAAAGACAGAAAAGAUGUGGGAUUAAAGCAAAGAUUUGUGUUGAAUAGAAAUGUGUAGCUGUCUAAUUAAUACUUGUGGAACAGAAAAAUAUAUGUCAAGGGUCUGAAAGUGUCUAACUGCAUAGUUUUGAUAUCUCCUGUAAAACUUUAUCUUUUUCGUGAGAUAUAAUACAGCCAAAAUUAAUAACUAAUUCUAUCAAUUUCAGUUUAAGAGAGUUAAGCAGGCCCUUAACUUUCUUUAAAUCAGUGAAAUGUAAAAAUACUUAACUGGCUGGAUCAGGCCUUUGGUAUAUCUGGCUAUAUCUUUUUUUAAAAAAUACCAAUUUCUUAUUGAAUGUGUGAAUACACUCAGGUAAGACAUAUAGUAAUAAAAUAUUCUAAUUUGAGUUUAUGACAUGCCAUUUCUUUUGGUGGAUCCUUCCAUAUUUGGCACCCUUAUUUUAGUUCCAUAGAGCCAAAUAUCUUUCAGACUUGAGCUUUUCCUACAAUGCUAUAUGUAACCAGAACUGGUCCAUCCUGUACAAAAUUGAAUCAAAUCUUGCUCAGCCUAAUGUAAAAUUAAACCUUUUGUAAUUAACUUAAGUAGCAGCAGUGAUGAGCCAAUGCAGACUUAUUUCUUUUGCUUAUUUGCUUACUCCCCCAAAAUUGGAUCUGUUAAGUAAUCAAGACUUCAUCAAAUAAUUUUAGCCAUGGCUUUGUUGUGUAAAUAAUACAAGGAAAAUGUAUUUCAGUUAGGCAAGGAAAAUGUAGGGUUGGAGCCAGAAUUCGGCAACUGGACUGGCAGAAGCAGAAUUCUCCACCCCUCUUCCCCACGGUAGCCCUUCCUACCCCUGGAAAUAUUACAUAAACAAAAUAUUACCCACAUUUCACAAACGAACAACAAACCAUGGGUUGUUCUGUGGCUUAAUUUACCCAAAAUGGCUGUUGUUUUCUGCCAGGCGAUCCCAUAUGCUAGGGAUUUGAGGGUUAGACAACCCUUAAAUAACCCUAAAAAAAGCUAAAGGUUAUUUGAGAGUUGUCCAGCCCUCAAACAACCCCUGCCCCCUAGGUUACCAUGACAUGAUAAGCCAUGGCAAGUUGGGUGCCCAUGGGCACAGCAGCCCUUGCAGGUAAAUUAAGCCACAGUGGGUGUUGUGCAAACCAGGUCUUGAUGUAGUAGAGUAUUUUCUUAGGAGGGAGAAGUAAAUUGUUUCCUUUAUUCUAGGAUGCUGUAAUAUGUCUCUGAUACCUCUGUGAUUUUUGUCCACACAUUUAGGUUAGGGAAGAGCCUACAUACAAUAAACUAACAUGCUUCCCUGCUUAUAAGAUGUGAUGUCAGAACAGUAGUAAGUAAUUAACUGAGAGCAUCUGAAAGUAUUACUGUGGAGGCUUGUGUGUACAAUUGACAAUCAAUGUAGAUGCUUCAGGCACUUGUUUACUAACCCAAUAAAAGUUUAGUGUCCUACUCAUAGGUCCUUCUUGAUUCACAUAGACCAUUACUAAUGUUCUCCAUUCGCAGUUUUCCACAGCAGUAAUUGAAUAAGCACUCCUGAGAGAGAGUACUACAUGAGAACUGGCCUUAAAUUGUUUCUUGGUCAAGGUAUAAUAAUUCAUCACUUGUCUGGGAAAGAACCCCUGUCUGAAACCCUGGAGAGCCACUGCCAGGCAGUGAAGACACUACUGAGCUAGAUAGACAAAUGGUCUGACAUGGUGUGAGGCAGCUUCCUAUGUUCGUAUGAUUUCUCAAAGUUCUGCAUGAAGGCAAAAACAUUAAACUUGUGGAAGGUCUGUUGGUAUUCGAGGCUGGCAUCAAGGGUCGGCAUGGUCGGGCACUUGCCGAGGGCCCACACCCUAGCAGAGACCCACUGACAAGAGCCUCCUGGACGUGCUCCUGCUCUUCACAGUUGCAAUCUGCUUGUUCACCUGCCUUUUGUUCUGGCCCAGACAAUGGUGGUGGUGAGAAGGAGCAGUAGAUGCCUCUGCCUACUUGCUCCCGGUCUCUCUGCCUGUCAAACAAGUGGUGAUGAGAAAUAGGAUACAGAGCAAUAGCAUCUGGCGGCAUUGAAGAUGAGAAGAUAGACCCACUGAAGGAGGGGUGGGGGGCAUUGGCAGGGUUUUGCCCUGAAGCAGCCCUGUUGGCACUGAAUGAGAUUAAACUGGCCAUACCUUUACUAGCACUUCCCUUGUUUGUGCAUUUGUAUAGAUCACACAUAAAGAAUAAAGUAUGUGCACAGUUUCCUCUUACCAAUUACCGUUCAGGCCUCUGGUGAUGAUUCUUGAACUUCCUAUUGUGUAUGCUGCCUACUUCAGUUGUAUUAGCUGCUUCUUAUUCCUUGUGUCAGGUCACAGUGAGCUGUAAUCAGCUUCUCCGUGAGCACUACUUCUAAUUGUGGGGUUGGGUUAACGAUCUGUUCCUGGGCCUUCAACAAAGGGUUUCUUGCAUUUUAAGUGACAGGAGCAGGAUUAAGAUGAUCUUGAAUGCUAGUGUUUCAGAACAGAGCCUAAGAUAUGGAGUAUCCCACAGGAGAGUUUAUCCAUCAGAACAAAGGAUUUGGAGAAGGAAGGGUUGUUGACCAUAUGAAAAUGUCACAUUACAGAUUAGGAACAGAAGAAGCACAUCAGCAAAUUUUUCUUACCACUUUAUGUACUGGUGACAGGAAAUGAUUUCUCAUGGCAUAAGCAUCCAGGACAAAAUAAACCACAUUUUCCCUAAAAAGUGAGUAAUCUCGCUUUUAAGAUUGAAGGAGAAGCAUUUAAUUGGUACAGCUGGGUAAGUAAAGGUAUAUUUAUAGAUAAGCUAUUUCAGGAAUGGAGCCUGUUCUUUUGAAUCCGUUAAGGCAAAACUGUAACCCUGGCAAACAAAUCCAUGAACAAUAUUUGCAGCUGCAUCACUUUGCAGUAGAGUAUUUGCAACUGGAGAAUACUGGGACAUUCCUGAUAAAUCCCAUUUCAAAAUAAGGCCUCCCCAUUACGGCUGUCUGUAAAGUUUCAAAAGCAUCAGUGUAAAAUACCCUGACUAGAAAAUGUAUCAAAGAUUAAAGAAGCAUAGAGUAAUUGGAUUAGAAGAAUGAUGUCAAAAUGUGGGAUAAAAUAGAACGCAGUUGUUCGGAAAGACUGUGAGUCAAGGCUAAGGUUAUUUCCUCCCCCCCCCCUGGAUUUACUGGGCUCUACAAAAAGUACAACUAGGGCCUUAGUAUAUACAAUUUAUCGAAGUGUAAUCAGCCAUGGGUUAAUUUACUACUUGCUUAAAUUAAUAACAUAUCUUUACACAAAUUAUAAGAAACUUGAGAUAAUUUGAGUUUUAUAAGUGUGUGUGUGUAUUUCCCAGCACAUAAUUUUACUGCUUUGUUUUUUCCAUAUUCUUGAAUAAAGGGAGCUUUAAUGCUUUUUUUGAA